GCAUCGCAUCCACUCUGCGUCUCUCCAUCUCCCACUGCUCUCUCUCCAGGUCGGUCCCCUGCACGCCUCUUCUGCUCCAGCAUCCACUGCGUCUGCAGCACCAUCUCCUUUUCCAGAAUGGCCACGCCGACUCUGCUCUCCGCCGUGUGCGCCUGGCUGUGCGUCUGGCUGCUGUCGGCGAGUGUCCCCGCGGGGGCGACCUACUACCGGCACCACCGCUACGUCCCCCACUUCUACCGCUACCGGGAGCACUCCGCCAACACGGACAACCACCUCCCCGACGCCUCCAACCCCGCGCCCGAGGUCCCGACGCACCCGGAGAUUCCCCACGUUUUCCACCCGGCGCCGGCUGCUCCAGAAGUCCUGCAGCCCGUACCGGAGGCUUUCCACCCGGUGCCGGAGGUGGUGCAUCCCGCACCUGAGACGUUCCUGCACCCGCCUCAGGUGCACCAGGCUCCCCCCGAAGCCUCCUCCCCCGUCGGCAGCCGCGUUUUUUACGGGGUCAUGUUUGACGCCGGGAGCACCGGGACCAGGAUCCACAUCUAUAAGUUCAUCCAGAAGGACCCAGUUGAGCUGCCAGUUCUGGACAAUGAGAUGUACCAUGCAGUGAAACCAGGACUGUCUGAAUACAAGGACAACCCUGAACAGGCUGGGACCACCAUCCAUCAGUUGCUGAAGCUUGCCCAAAAGACAGUGCCAGAGGAGGAGUGGAGGAGGACGCCAGUGGUCCUGAAGGCCACAGCGGGUCUGCGCAUGUUGACUGAAGAUGAAGCCAAUGGCAUUCUGAAGGAGGUGAAAGAAGCGUUUGAUGAAUCUCCUUUCUAUGUGCCGGAGGAAAGUGUUUCCAUCAUGGAUGGAGCAAAUGAAGGAGUCCUUGCCUGGGUCACUGUGAACUUCCUUACAGGACAUUUGUACUCCAACACAAGGAAGACGGUGGGGAUUCUGGAUUUAGGUGGAGGAUCUACGCAGAUCACAUUCCUUCCAAAGUCCAAGAAAACGAUUCAAACGGCUCCUUCCAGCUACACAGCCAGAUUUAACCUCUUCAAUAGCACAUAUGAACUCUACACACACAGUUAUCUUGGAAAUGGAAUAAAAGCCGCCCGCCUUGCAACUCUUGGAGCACUAGGAGCUGAUGGACUGGAUUGGAAAGUCUUCACAAGCUCCUGUCUCCCAAAGAAGUACAGAGAAGAACUGACUUUUGGAGGAAAAACCUACAAAGUUAGCGGUAUUCCAGACGGAUUCGCAGGGUAUAAAUUGUGCUACUACGAGGUCUUACGGGUCGUCAAAGGUAUUUUUCACCAGCCGUACGAGGUGAAGGGCAGCAUCUUCUACGCUUUCUCCCACUACUAUGACAGAGCUGUGGAAACUGGCCUCAUUGAUGGCAAUCGAGGUGGUGCGGUUGAAGUCAGGGACUUUAAGAAGAAAGCCAAAGAAGUGUGCAACAAAAUGACCAAAUACCGUGCUAUCAACCCCUUCCUCUGCAUGGAUAUGACAUAUAUCACUGCCUUGCUAAAGGAGGGCUUCGGCUUCAAAGACAGCACUGUGCUGCAGCUGGCCAAGAAGGUGAACAACGUGGAGACGAGCUGGGCCUUGGGCGCGACCUUUGACUUCUUCAGAAACUUCAACAUCCACUAAAGACAGCCCGUGCUUGUUGCAGCUGGCACUAAGAGGGACAGUGUUACUGUGGGGCCUUCCCUCCCCCCCAUCAGUCAGCCCGCCUCCUCGCAGACACAACCAGUCCUACCAUGCUUCCACACCCUCAACGCUCCUCAUCUUUCCCUCAACCUCAGCACCCUGCAAACGCUUUAAGAACUGUUGAAAAAAAAAAGAGAGAAAGAAAUCACUAUAUUUUUAUAAGGCCAGCUGUUUUUACUGUAUAUUGAGCUCAUGAUUGAGUUUAUUUUUAUAAGAGGUUUACAUUUUUGAUUCCUUAUGGGUGUCUGAUCUGAAAUGUCUUUUCUCACUGACCUAUAAAGCGUAUAGUAGUUUAGAGGCGAUGCAAGGAGCCAUGGUAUUCUGGUGUAUUGCGGUCCUGGUGUGAACUGUGCAGUACAGCGCAACACAUUUAGAGACUAGUUGCUGCAGUUACAGCUACAAUUACCUUUCUCGAGAUACUCGCUUCCUCUUUAUUCUAGCGGUAAAUUAUUUUUCAGGAGCCCAGUUAAGGCAUGCAUACGGUAGUUUGAACACCAUUGGACACAGAGCGAGUAGAUCACCUUAUAGAUUAUUUUCCUUGACAUCGCACAUAACACUUUAACUGCAAAUACUGUAGCUAUGAAAUAAUCCGUUACUUUGAUGACAUCUACAGAGUUGUACAUAUUCAUCAUUAGUUCUGGAUUUGCCGUGACUCGGGGUGGGGGCGGGGCAGACAGGGUGUUGUGUAAAAAUGCCUCACUGACUUUCAAAAGUAUGACAUUCAUGCUUGUGUGUGUGUGUGUGUGUGUGUUUUUUAAGUGCACCCGGUCUUGUUUGUUUGAGUGGGUAAGACCUCAUCAAGCAUGGCUUAAUUGCAGGGGACUUUGGUCUGAACUGCACUUUAGAUCAUCAUUAGAGAAACCACUCAUCAAGGGUAGACAGUGCACCCAGAAGCAGAACCUACAGACAUUUAAUAAAAAGUCAUAACAUUUUUACAUAUUUCAAGUCAAUAAUCGUCUGUUCCUUUUGCAGUUUCUCUUGUGAAUUGUACAAAUAUUUAAAAGACUGAAAAAUUUAUAUAAGAACAGAGUAUUUUUAUUGUCCUUAUCCAAUAUCAUCUGUAACUCUCUGUAAGUGCUCUCUAAGCCGUGCGUAUGCUGUCUACAUUAUUCAACAUAUUCAAUCACUACUGCUGUAUAUACACAAACUUGGUGAAUUCAGAAUUCAGGACCUGCCUGAACAUCACAAAAACCUUAUACUGUACAAUUGCUGAUCAAUGUCUCUCUGCCCAUUAAAAUACUCUGACAAUAUGUAAAUACUUUGUAUGGAAUCCAGUGACAUAAGUGUAUACUAUACAUGUAUGUUUUAAUAAAACAUUUGUAUUAUAUUUGAGAA